UCCAACUGUCCCUCAGUCGGUCGGAAUUUCGGAACCACUGUAGAAUCACCGGAAAGGGGUUUAGGUGAUUUAACAACUCACUGUAGAAGAACCUUUAUUAAACACACAGUACUUGGUCUGAUAAAUACGCAACGAGCCACUUUAUCCAGUAUUUCACCAUGGAGGCUGAACUAUGAGGGAGACAGGUCUGGAUCUGAUUAACAUACCUCUACUCGAGCAGAGGUGUUGUGCAGCUGCAGACGACUGAGUGAACCAUGGCACAGUUCCCCACCACAUUCGCAGGUCCAGAUGUGUUUCUAAUCUCAGUGGAUGAAAGAGCCAAACAUGAUCAGCAGUUUCACAGCCUCUCUCCGACUGCCGGGGGUUACAUUACAGGUGAUCAGGCCAGGAACUUCUUCCUCCAAUCAGGACUGCCCCCUCCCAUCCUGGCCCAGAUCUGGGCUCUGGCUGACAUGAACAGUGAUGGCCGCAUGGAUAUGCACGAGUUCUCCAUUGCCAUGAAACUCAUCAAACUGAAACUCCAGGGUCACCCUCUGCCCCCAACACUUCCUCAAAGUAUGAAACAGCCCCCCCUGCCUUUACCAACACAGAGCGGCUUUGGCCUGCCUGCCAUGCCCCCCCUCCCUCCUCCUCUGACAGGCAUACCCCCUCUGCCCUUGCCCCCCCUCCCAGUCGGGGUGUCUCCCCCUCUGGUCUCGUCUGCCCCACCACCCCUCCCCCAGCCCAUUGCCAAUGGAGCCCCUCCCACAGGCAUGAUGCAGCCCAUCUCAGGCUUCUCCCACCCAGCUCAACCUGUCAACAAGUCUUCUUCGUUUAAUCGUUCCAGUACCAAGUUACAGAAGGGGUCAUCCUUUGAUGCUGCUGGCAGUCAGCCCCCCCCUGACUGGGCCGUUCCUCAGUCCUCAAGGCUGAAGUACAGACAGCUUUUUAACUCUCAUGACAAGAUGAUGAGUGGACAUCUCACUGGUCCCCAAGCUCGCACCAUCCUGAUGCAGUCCAGUCUUCCUCAAACCCAGCUCGCCACGAUAUGGAAUUUAUCAGAUAUUGACCAGGAUGGGAAGCUAACAGCUGAGGAGUUUAUCUUGGCCAUGCACCUCAUAGAUAUGGCUAUGUCAGGGUUACCUCUACCCCCUGUGUUACCACCAGACUAUCUCCCACCCACAUUCAGGCGUGUGCGAAGCGACAGUGUUCAGUCGGAUCAGAAGAGCGUCCAGGAGGAGCUGGAGGAGGAGAUUGAGAGCAGCCAAGAAAAGAAACUACCAGUAACAUUUGAGGACAAGAAGAGGGAAAACUUUGAGCGGGGAAACCUGGAGUUGGAGAAGAGACGUCAGGCUCUGCAAGAGCAACAGAGGAAAGAGCAGGAGCGACUGGCUGCACUGGAGAGAGAGGAGCAGGAAAGGAAGGAGCGCGAACGUCUGGAGCAGGAGAGGAGACGACAGCAGGAACUAGAAAAGCAGCUGGAGAAACAGAGAGAGCUGGAGAGGCACAGAGAGGAGGAGCGACGCAAAGAGAUAGAGAGAAGAGAGGCUGCUAAGCGUGAAUUAGAGCGCCAGCGUCAGCUGGAAUGGGAGCGCCAACGUCGGCAGGAGCUUCUGACUCAAAGGAACCGAGAGCAGGAGAGUAUAGUGCUGCUGAAAGCCAGGAAGAAGACCCUGGAGUUUGAACUGGAGGCUCUGAACGAUAAGAAGACCCAGCUGGAGGGCAAACUGAAGGAUGUUCGCUUUCGUCUGUCAGCUCAGAGGAGAGAGGUGGAGCAGACCAAUCAGACCAGAGAAACACGCAUUGCUGAAAUCACACUAUUACAACAGCAGCUGCAGGACUCUCAGCAGUGGCUGGGGAGGCUCAUUCCUGACAAACAGAGUCUCAAUGACCAAUUGAAACAGGUUCAACAGAACAGUCUGCACCGUGACAGUCUAUCAUCCCUGCAGAAGGCUGUGGAGCAGAAGGAGAGCAGCAGACAGCUGCUCAGAGAGCAGCUGGACGCCGUGGAGAGAGAGACAAGGGCCAAACUGCUGGAAAUAGAUGCGUUCAACACCCAGCUAAAGUCUCUGUGUGAGUUCUAUGCCAACCACUGUGCCAGGAUAGAAGCCCUGCGACACCAGCUUCAGGAGGAACAGAGAGGGAGACAGGAGCUACGGGAGAUCCACAGCCGGCAGCAGAGACAGAAACAAAAGGAGAUGGAGGGAGACACACACACACUGACACACACACUAUCUCAGAUACACACUCCGAUUGAGAGGAAGUCAGCUGAGCUGCAGGAGAGCAGGUUAUCAUCCGACGAAGGUGUUUCCUGGAGGGACGAAGCGGUGAACUCUGCCCCUAAAGCUCCCAGUCCAACCUCCAUCUCUGCACCUGACGCCUGGCUGAACAGAGUGACUCAGGAAGAGGAGGAGAGGAAGAGGAGAGGGACAGAGGAAGAGGAAGAGGGACGGAAGCGCUCGGGGUCAACAGAGGAGACGGAGGAUGAGGGAAGAGGCAAGAAGGACAUGCAAGAUAAAUUAAACAAGCUUUUCAGCCAGCCAACUGACCCCUGGGCUUCAACAGUGGAGAAGACUCCAGGACCCAGUCUCUUUGAACAGAAGACAGGAGCCUGCAGCUUUGACCACCAGCAACAGCAGCAGCAGCAGCAGCAGCAGCAGCAGCAACAACAGCAGCAGCAGCAGCAGCCGCCAGUGAAAGUGGUGUACUACAGAGCUCUGUAUCCAUUUGAAGCUCGCAGCCAUGAUGAGAUCAGUAUCACUCCUGGAGAUAUAAUCAUGGUGAAGGGGGAAUGGGUGGAUGAGUCACAGACGGGUGAACCGGGCUGGUUGGGAGGAGAGCUCAGAGGGAGGACAGGCUGGUUUCCAGCCAAUUACGCAGAACGGAUACCAGACAGUGAAGCGCCGAUCAGCCUGCGAGCCACAGCCUCGACCACACCCACCACUGCCCAGCAGCCAAUGACCACACCUCCUCCCGCACCUGGGCACGCCUCUUCUUCCGCAUCCUCUGCUAACAGCAACUGGGCCGACUUCAACACCACUUGGCCCUCAAAUACAGCCAGUCAGUCAGACAGUGAGGGAUGGGACGCAUGGCCGACCUCUUCAGCCAGCCAGAAUCCAUCGCUCAGUGUUCCCUCAGCGCAGCUACGGCAGCGUUCUGCCUUCACACCCGCGACCAUGACAACAGGCUCCUCUCCCUCACCUGUGCUGGGACAGGGGGAGAAGGUGGAAGGUCUUCAGGCUCAGGCUUUGUAUCCCUGGAGAGCGAAGAAGGACAACCACCUCAACUUCAACAAAAAUGAGAUAAUAACAGUGUUGGAGCAGCAGGACAUGUGGUGGUUAGGUGAACUCCAGACCGGACAGAGAGGCUGGUUCCCCAAAAGUUACGUCAAGCUCAUCUCUGCCACCAUGACGCCCCCUGUUGCUGCCACAGUACGCAGCAAAAACACCAGUGAGUCUGGAGUAUCGGAGAGUCCUCCCAACGGAAAACGACCCACUCCUUCUCCACCUAAACCUUCUGAGUCUGGAGAAGAGUACGUGGCCAUGUACACGUACGAGAGCAGUGAACAAGGGGACCUGAGUUUCCAGCAAGGAGAUGUCGUCAUGGUUACCAGGAAAGAAGGGGACUGGUGGACAGGCAUGGUCGGGGGCAAGACUGGAGUCUUCCCGUCCAAUUACGUUAAACCUCGAGACUCAGCAUCAGAGGCUUUGGGACCAGCAGGGAAGACUGGCAGCUUGGGAAAGAAACCAGAGAUUGCUCAGGUGAUCGCCCCCUAUAGUGCUACAGGAGCAGAGCAGCUGACGUUGGCUCCUGGACAGCUCAUCCUCAUCAGGAAAAAGAACCCGGGUGGCUGGUGGGAGGGUGAGCUCCAGGCUCGGGGGAAAAAGAGACAGAUUGGCUGGUUUCCGGCCAACUACGUGAAGCUACUCAGUCCCAGCACCAGCAAGACAACGCCAACAGAGCCCACGCCUCCUAAACUGGCUCCUACCAGCACAGAAGCUCUGUGUCAGGUGAUCGGCAUGUACGACUACGUGGCGCAGAACGAUGACGAGUUGGCCUUUCUGAAGGGUCAGGUGAUCACCGUGAUCAACAAGGACGACUGUGAUUGGUGGAAAGGAGAGCUCAACGGAAGGGAGGGGCUGUUUCCCAGCAACUACGUCAAACUCACCACAGACACGGACCCGAGCACACAGUGGUGCGCUGACCUCCAUCUACUGGACAUGCUGAGUCCCAUGGAGAGGAAGAGGCAGGGCUACAUCCACGAGCUCAUCGUCACCGAGGAGAACUACGUCAACGACCUGCAGCUCGUCACAGAGAUAUUCCACAAACCUCUGUUGGAGUGUGAACUGCUGACGGAGAAGGAAGUGGCCAUGAUCUUUGUCAACUGGAAGGAGCUCAUCAUGUGCAACAUCAAACUGCUCAAAGCUCUGAGGGUGAGGAAGAAGAUGUCAGGAGAUCGGAUGCCGGUGAAGAUGAUCGGUGACAUUCUGACCAACCAGCUCCCGCACAUGCAGCCUUACAUCAGAUUCUGUUCCUGUCAGCUGAACGGAGCCACGCUCAUUCAGCAGAAAACCGACGACAACCCUGAGAUCAAAGAUUUCCUUAAGAGGUUGGCCAUGGACCCCAGGUGUAAGGGGAUGCCUCUGUCCAGUUUCCUGCUCAAACCCAUGCAGAGAGUCACACGUUAUCCACUCAUCAUCAAGAACACCUUAGAAAACACUCCGGAGUCACAUCCAGAUCACAGCCACCUGAAAGCUGCUCUGGAGAAAGCAGAGGAGCUGUGUUCACAGGUGAACGAGGGCGUCAGAGAGAAGGAAAACUCGGAUCGUCUGGAGUGGAUUCAGGCUCAUGUUCAGUGUGAAGGCCUGUCUGAGCAACUGGUGUUUAACUCUGUCACCAACUGUCUGGGUCCCAGGAAGUUCCUCCACAGUGGGAAACUGUUUAAAGCCAAGAGCAGCAAAGAGCUGUAUGGUUUCCUCUUCAAUGACUUCCUGCUGCUGACACAGGUGACCAAACCUCUGGGCUCGUCCGGGUCGGACAAAGUCUUCUCCUCGAAAACUCACCUGCAGUACCGCAUGUACAAGAUGCCCAUUUUCCUAAACGAAGUGUUGGUGAAGCUGCCGACGGAUCCGUCAGGAGACGAACCUCUGUUCCACAUCUCUCACAUAGACAGAGUUUACACGCUCAGAGCCGAGAGCAUCAACGAACGGACUGCGUGGGUUCAGAAAAUCAAGGCUGCUUCAGAACUCUUCAUCGAGACAGAGAAGAAGAAGAGGGAGAAGGCUUAUCUAGUUCGUUCUCAGAGAGCUACAGGUAUUGGCAGACUGAUGGUCAACAUUGUGGAGGGAAUUGAGCUCAAACCCUGUCGCUCUCAUGGAAAAAGUAACCCUUACUGUGAGGUCACCAUGGGUUCCCAGUGCCAUAUCACAAAAACAUUACAGGACACGUUGAAUCCCAAGUGGAACUCCAACUGCCAGUUUUUUAUAAAGGACUUGGAACAGGAUGUCCUCUGCGUCACUGUGUUCGAACGAGACCAGUUCUCGCCCGACGACUUCCUGGGCAGGACAGAGAUUCGGCUGGCUGAAAUAAAGAAGGAUCAGGGCUCGAAAGGACCGAUCACGAAGCGGUUGCUGCUUCACGAGGUUCCCACGGGAGAGAUUGUUGUCAGGCUGGACCUCCAGCUCUUUGAAGAACCAUAAACUCAGAUCAGGACCAAACUGAACUGGACUGGACUGAAGAGGAAGUAAGACUUGGUGAGACUGGACUGGUCUGGAUUAUUUUAGCCUGGUCAGGUGUCAGUGAUUCCGUGGCGAAAAAGAAACAAAGAUAAAUCGGGAAAAAAAUCGGAAAGAGUCGGAAAUCAAAUGCAAUAAAACACAACAGAUCUCCCGUAGCCAUGCACACAACUAAGGUAGGAUACCACACCUCUGUAGAUGUACUGUAUAUACGAGACAACGCGUGAAUCAGGGCUGUUUUCAUCAUGAAAGUGGAGAUGGUGGAUAUAUGUUGUGCCAAAACAGUCAGGCUAACAGGAGAGCAUUUUACCGAAUCACUGAUAAUGAAACGUUCUCACAGCGAGCAGAAGACGGAUCGAUAAUAAUAAAAUAAAAUAAUUUGUGGGGAACGCUUAGUAAAUAAUGUCUAUCUGAGAUACAAGUCCGCACAGCAACUAUUUACAUUGCUAAUGCUGACUUCACGCUAACAUGACACAUACGUUGUUGAAGAUACUGCAGGUCUGGAAUAAUGUCCUCUCCAGCUAUUUCCAACCUCAUACACUCCAGGGUCAGAUCUAUUCAGUCGUGUUUUUGGUUUUGCGAUAUAUCGGCCGAUCUCUGUGGAUUUAAAGUGCGCAGUAAACUCUGACGGCGUCACAUCCGCAUCUGAGGCUGCCAACACGGCUGUUCAUAGCGACCGAGUCACAUGACGUCCAGAGCUCUAUAGCAGCGAGGGAGACGGAGAGUUUCGGAGACAAAGACAUUGUGUCAGGUCAUGAAAUAAGUGCAUCUGUUAGUGCUAACAAAAGGACGCACUCCCAACAUGUGACAACUUUAAUAUGAAACUCAUCAUUCAAUGAUCCUGCCUGUUGCAGCUUUAACUCAUCGUUCUUUUCAUAAAACGAAAAGAAAGACGAUGUCUAACUGUUCUUAUAGGUUAAAUUACACCAGUUACAGUGAUGGUGGUGAGGAUCCAAGAGUCUUGUUUCUGUCCCAGUCCAGUCCACCUCUGUCCUGCUUCAGUCUGGUCCGGUACAUUAUUAAAUCCAGUCCUCCAUUGGAGGGAGGUCAGGCGGGUCUUUUUCCUCUCCUUUUUGCUUCAUCAGACAGUCUCACAGAGACUCCAGUGACAAUCCCAGCCCUCCUCGUCUCAACAGAACCACCCAAAACCCCUGUGUGUGUGUGUGUGUGUGUGUGUGUGUGCGAGCCUGAGAGACUGCUUGUUCCAAUGACUAUACUGAGUGUCAAGAUGGACAGGCUAAUUAAUGGUACGUUUUGGUGUACUUUUGCUUUUUUUACGCCAAGUCUUAAGGUCAAACUCUUCAGGCUUUCAGUGUUGAGGUACUGCAUGUAAAGGGAAUUUGGAAUUCAUUUGGAACUUAUGUACAGGUUUAAUGGGAAUAAGCUGCAGCUAUAGAAAGACUUUACCACAGUAUAUGACAAGUGUCCGGUGUACAUAAAUUACAGACAUGCCUAAAUGUCCCUUUGAUAAUAAUAUUGCUGAUGAUAAUAUGGCCGAAACAGGGAACAGCUAAUUUAAAGUGAGGUACUGUAAAAGGAGAAUGUCUUAAUUUCCUUUUUUUUUUUUGAUGUUGACUGCACACGGAGGGUUGUAUUUGUAGGUGAUGUUCAUCACACAGUUUACCUCUGUUGUUUUACGCUGCUGCUGUGUGGAGCUGCCACAGUGGCCAUCGCUAUGCAGGAAAGUGAAAUCAUAAAACUAUCAUGGUUCCUAGAACUGGAUUGACUUGGGGCCCUGGAACAUGCCAUGCAAGUACAACAGAAAUACAUUUUUAUAGAAACAGCAUUCUAGACCAUUUCCACACUCUGACCCUGGGAGAGCUUGGUGUUGGAAUAAUUGUACUGUGCGUCGGCACUCCUAGCACUUUGAAAAGUUGCAAAAAUCUAGAGCAGAGGAGGACGCGACUCAACUAACAUAUGUCACACGGCGGCCAUUUUGAAUAGUCAAAAGUAGGACGUUUCAACGCGGAAGAACCAGUUCAAAGAAGAUUGGUGCUGUUGAGUGCAAAUGUAGUUUCAGCAGAAGGUGACGGCGAGGUGUUUGAGAACAGAUUCUGCCACGUUUGGUGUUUGAGUCAGUGCAUGUGUGUUUUCAAAGAGCCAUUCAAUGUCCACACGUGGAGAAAUGAUCGCUAUCAGGCUUGGGAUGCGCACACACUACUUUAUUGGGUUGGGUAAAUCAAUAUUUGGUUUGGGUCUUGGGUUGUAGGAAAAGUGGAUUCAGAUUGUGUUAUGGCAGUCACAAGCACUUAGUGUCCUCUAGAUACAGAUCAAUUUAAAUGUGUAUAUUUUGAAGGACUUUUCCACAGGGGGUUAGCUUUUAAUGUCGUUGAAAAAUGCCCUUUAGUAAAACCAUUGGGAUAAAGACUGUUUUAGUGAGUUAAUAUGAAUAUUCAAAUUAGCAAUAGCCUGCUAAGCUUGCUAGCCCCAUGUUUAUAUCAGUUAAAAUGUGAAAAAAGUAACAUUUUUUAGAGAAAAAUUAAUUUUAGCUUAAAAAGGUGGUUAUUAGUAUUCCAUUAAUAAUAAUAAUGAUAAAAGGUUUGUUAGAUUGAAUCCUUCUGGUGCCUUCGCAUGUUGCGUUAGCUCGUUCACAAGAUGGUGCCAAAUGAAUGUCAACCAUUAUUUUCCUCUUUAUGGACAUAAAGGAAACAUUUUACCAAGGACAACGAGGUAUCACCUUCUGUUUUCAGUGUUCAUAUCAUUUACUUGACGUUCUUUGUUAAAAAACACAAAAUCAGGAGCGACGUUGAAAGCAGCAUUAAUCUUCCCCGACCAGAGUGUUCAAAAUGGCCGCCAGAUUAAAAUCCAGUUGGUUCUCUCAGCAGAGUUGUAUAUAUGUUAGUUAGUUAGUUAGCUACUUGGCCUGUUAGUAAAAUUAGCUAGUCAUUUUGUUUUUAAUUUAAUUCCACGUUUACAGUCAUGUACUGAAUUACCACAGAGAUAACCGAUAGUUACCUUAGUGACCAGCCACUGUCCAAUCAGAAGUCAGCGAGGCUCAGCCAGGUGCAGAAUCUUGACUGUGGAGGAAGGUGUGCAUGAAUGUGUGUUUCCCCAGACUGAAGCUGAUGAUGAUGAUGAUGACGGUGAUGGUUGUCAUCGCUAUCAUCAUCGUCCCGUCGACCCCCGUACCGCCCUGUACUGUCGUCGCCUCUCCUUCUGUUUACCUUCCAGGUUGUGUAUAAUACUACUGCUAUCUGAGAGUUAAUAUAUGAACGCUACAGGGGGCGAGAGAGAGCCUGCUGUUAAUUAUCACUGUAGAAGAUGAUGUACGUUGUUGUCUUUCAAUGUUCAGAAUAAACUUCAGUUGGACCAAGA